AUGAGGGGAUGCCUCACAUGUCGUCUGCGCCAUUUGAAAUGUGACAAAUCGGGAGCGAAAUGUCUGCGCUGUCAGCGAUCUGGUCGUGAAUGCGUGCCGGCGCCAGGAAAGUCCGAAGAGGUUUCCUUUCGUCAUGGCCAGAAUCCAUCCUUGCGAGGAAAGGGCCCCCCGAGGUAUGGGGAGAGCGACCUGACCUUCCCCGACGACCAAAUCUGGGUGGAAUCUUCCUCUGAGUAUUCCUUCAAAGAUGAAACUGAUCAGACGGCAGCUGAGUAUCAUGUUGUACCAGUGACAGGACAACAGCCGCCAUCUAGAUCGCCAUCGGAAGCUCGAUCUACAUCGUCAUCCACCAUGGACCCUUCUCUACCGGGUCCCAGCAAUAUUGUCCCUUACUACAUCUCUGACACUCACCAUCCAGUCACGAUGGCGAACACACCCCGGCGGGCGUCAGGCACACCGCUCAGUGUUCCAAGGCUAGCUAACGUAAACGAAGCCUACCUGCUUCGACAUUUCCAGCGACACCUCGCACCAUGGCUUGAUGCCGGUGAUCCCGAGCACCGCUUCUCGUCGGAUGUGGCCGGGAGGGCAAGCCAGUCUCCAUUGCUUCUCUAUGCCUGUCUGGCAGUAUCGGCAUGCCAUCUAUCCCGCACAACGAAUUCGAUCUCGCCCGAAGUGGCAGAUAGUUAUCAUGAACGCUGUGUCUCGAUUAUGCUGCCGUCGCUGGACAAUCCGGAAUUCGACAUCGGCAUUGAUACCCUCCUUCCUUGUACAGUUAUCCUUCGCUUCUUCGAGCAAAUGUCAUCCCAUACCCCUUCAAAUGACCCUCAGCGCCAUCUCCUAGCCGGCUCUGUUUAUAUCAGUUCACAUGUGGACUGUGCGAUAUCUGGCGGACUCGUGUCCGCGUCUUUCUGGGUCUUUGUUAUCCAGGAUAUCCAAUUCGCACUUACGUACCAGAAAGGCCUUCGGUUAACAUACUCCCCAUUCGAGAGCCGCCUUCAGCUCUGGUGGAACACCAGGCCGGUGCUAACCGACGGUGAUUGGGUUAACCGGGCGAUCUGGUUGCUUGCCGAGACCAUCGACUUUUGCUACAAUACCUCGGGUCAGAACUUUGGGGGCCACAUGGGGACUGUGGGGGAAAGUAGCCUGAAAAUGAAACUCAACGACUGGGAGACUAUGCGACCAGAGACAUUUACGCCGAUGCAUGUGUCACCGGCAGACCCUGCCAAUGGAAAGCCAUUCCCUGUUGUUUGGUACACGAGUUUAUGGCAUUCAACCGCGUUGCAACAUGUGUGCCUUGCCAAGGUACUGAUGCUAAUGCGCAAAACAAAGGCAUAUAAUCUCACGGUGGAGGAGCAUGCGAAGGUGAAGCAACUCAUCUCGGAGAACUUGAGUUAUCUCUUUGGCAUAGCUUUGUCUGCCGAUGACGAACCGUCUUUGCGAAUCAUGGCUUGCCAUGCUCUUAGUGCUUGCAGCGAAUGGAUCGGAGAUAUCAAUGCGCAGAAUUUAUUGUUUGAUUUGCUGCGCCGCACAGAACGAGACAACGGAUGGCCUUGGGCCUAUGUGGAACAACGCAUCCUUGACACUUGGCAACGAAACGGAGGUUAG